AUGUCGGAGCAGGACUUGUGCGAGGGAAGGAGCAGCGUGGCCGUCCACCAAUGUAUCAGACAGCUGUCCUAUUGCAGGAGGGACAUCCGGGACUCAGCUGGUGUCUGGGGAGAGGGUAAAGGGAUGCUUUUGGAGCUUCAGGAUCGCAUGUUGACCCUGGUUGAUCCGGAUGACCGCAGCUUGCUUCACUCUCAGCCAAUCAGCAGCAUCCGUGUCUGGGGUGUAGGGCGAGACCAUGACAGUCUUAUUGGUUGA